CGGAGAACCGCCACCAGCACCGGAAGGGCCGGGGGAGAGGGGGGCGAGCGAGCCCGAGUGACAGGCCAAGGAGGAGGAAUCGGAGCGCUGGGAACGCAGAGGGACACAGUGUGGUGUAAAAGCGAUCAUUAGCCAUGGAUGUAUUCAUGAAAGGACUUUCAAAAGCCAAGGAAGGAGUUGUAGCUGCUGCUGAGAAAACCAAACAGGGUGUGGCAGAGGCUGCAGGAAAAACAAAAGAGGGGGUUCUCUAUGUAGGCUCCAAAACUAAGGAGGGAGUGGUUCAUGGGGUGACAACAGUGGCUGAGAAGACCAAAGAGCAGGUGACAAAUGUAGGAGGGGCCGUGGUGACAGGUGUGACCACAGUAGCCCAGAAAACAGUGGAGGGAGCUGGGAACAUUGCAGCUGCCACUGGCUUUGUGAAAAAGGACCAGCUGGGCAAGAGUGGAGAGGGAUCCCCGCAAGAAGGAAUUCUGGAAGAUAUGCCUGUGGAUCCUGACAACGAGGCUUAUGAAAUGCCUUCUGAGGAAGGCUAUCAAGACUAUGAACCUGAAGCAUAAAACACGUCGCCAUCCCCAGUUUCUUGAGAUAUACCGACAGAUGUUCCAUCCUGUGCAAGUGCUCAGCUCCAACAUGCCCAAUCGUGACAUUUUUCUCAAAGUUUGUACAGUGUAUUUGGAGUCUUCCAUCAGCAAUGAUCGAAGUAUCUGUCCCUGCCCUCACUCUGCAUUUCGGUGCUCCCUUCACUGACAUGAAUAUAUAGUAGCAGGGUCCUUGUGUGCCGUGGAUAUUGUGGCUUCAAAUCUUACCAUGUUAAAACCAAUAAAAAAAAAACACCUAAGUGACUACCACUUAUUUCUAAAUCCUCACUGAUUUUGUUGCUGUUG